UCUCAAAUUCGAAUUCUUUAGCUUUUGAGGUUUUGAUCGUUGGAGUUGUGUGCGGAAAUUUUGUUUCUUUCUCGGGCCUGAUUGUUUGAUUCGGAGGUUAAGAGGUUUGGUGUUUUGUUGAAUGGCGCUUUGCGGUGUUUGUUCAAGUCCAAAUCUUGGGAAAUCGGAAGUGUGGUAUUCUGCAAGAAAUUUUUCGGCCAAAUCGGUUGGUCAGAAACUUAACCGCAUCGUAUGGAAGCCCACGUAUUCAGUUCGGACACGACCAGUGAAAGUCCGUUGUUCAUCCUCCGGAACAUCUAAAUCUUCAGUGGAGAUGGACGAGUAUAAUCAGAGCAAUGUGUCAGUUUCCGCAGAGGAUGCAUCUGCACAUGUAAUGCAGUUCACUUGGUCCGAUUUUAAGGUUCUUGAUCGUGUCAGCCUUGGCCAUGGAGGGAGGGCAGAUGAACUUGUGUUUGAAGCCAUAGUUCAGGAUCCAGAUAGCCCUUUAUUUAACCAAGGAGUUGUUCUUCGGAAACUUACUACCACUCAUGCUCAAAGGAGGGGAAGACGAGCCAUAGAGGUAUUAAAGAAGCUUGCUCGUCGUAGACUUCUAUACCAUUCUUACUCGUUGCAAGUUCAUGGUUAUAUCUCCUCUAAUUCAAAAGAUGGUCGUGACUUAUUUACCCUGGUGCAUGGGUACCAUGGUAGUUUUUCUCUGAGGCAUUGGCUUCAACAAUCUGAUUGGCUUCCAACUUUAGAAGCUACCCUUGCAUUGGAUGAAGAAUCUGUCAGAAAGGUGGGGGAUGAUACAAUUGGUGGGCCUGCUGUUUCGAGGCAGUUAAGAAUGAUUCGUAUACUCAUGAGGGAUCUUUUGAUCGGGGUCAAUUACUUGCACAGCCAUGGUCUUGCCCACACAGAACUGAGACUGGAAAAUGUGCACAUAAGCCCUGUGGAUAGACACAUCAAAGUCGGGAUUCUCGGAAAUGCUGCUGACUUUUACGAAGAUGGCCCUAGUUCUAGUAACCGUUAUAGUAACAUGGAUAGGCGUCAAAUGAUGAUAGCAUUUGACAUGAGGUGCGUUGGAUUCAUGAUGGCAAAAAUGAUACUCAAAGAGCUUAUGGAUCCUUUGAUCUUUGCAAAAUUUAAGUCUUUCCUUGCUAAGGGGAAUGAUCCUUCCUCGCUACGGGAAUUCUUUGUGAAGACUCUCAAUACAAACUCCCAAUCUGGAAAUGUUGGAGUGCAAAUACUUGAUAGAUACUGGGGUUCAGGUUGGCACCUUCUAUCGUUAUUGAUUGCCGCCAGGCCAUCUAAAAGAAUAAGUUGCUUGGAUGCUCUUAAACAUCCCUUUCUCUGUGGUCCAAGAUGGCGAGUUGCCCCAUCCAUGGAUAUCAUCCGGUGGGGUCUCGGAUCAACUGCAGUGAGGAUUUCAGAAGAAUACAUCUACCAUAAGCCUCAGCGGCAAAGGCUUGCACACUUCAUCGAACUAAUGGAAAUGCUGAAUCCAUAUCCAAAACCAAAAAACUGGUUGGAGCUAUUCCCGGGGAAAUGGCGAUUGCUUUACUCAACUGGAAGGCACAUAGGUUUAACUCUGCGUCAGGCCACAACUCGUGCACUGAUAGGCAAUGUCCACUUAACGAUAACAAGAGCUUCAAAGGUCAAUGACGUCCUCUCUUUCACCACCGAAGUAGGAUUCACCGCCAUGACAAGCAAAGACUGGCCACAUGGCAAGACCGGAACCACCGGAAAGUUACAGACGCUCUCUCAAGUCAGACUAGUGGCCGGGAGAAGGCUGUAUCUGAAAGAAGAAAAGAACAUCGGGAAGUUCUCGUUGGGUGGACCAGAUACGGAGGAACCACUUGCCCAGAAGCUCGAGAGUGAGAAGUGGAAGAAAGUCGUGCCCUUUAAGGAGUUUCCGUCUAGUCUUCCAGUGGCAAAACUCGUUUCGGGCGAAAUCGAGGUGACGAUGAAUCUCGACGAUCGGGUAGAAUCCCCGGGGAACGUGGUUCAAGAAGUGAGAAAGCAGAUCCCGCCCGAGAUGUUCGAUCUAUCAAAACUCGUCUGCGGAACGUACGUAGAUCGCAGGUUACUCGUGCUUCGUUGUGUGAAUGGUUCGGCUUUGUUGUUCACUAGAUCUUGCUUAGACCACAACUUAAUGUAGCCUUUUGGUUCUGUUUUUGUUGUGUUGUACGUGUAUAUUCCAAAUUUAUUAUUAGGACCAUUCUUUGUUAUGUCA